UGCGGAAAUGGAAUAUCAUAUCAGCUGCGUAAAUGUCUCGAUUUGCGUUGUAUUGGGCCCGAUCAUCGAGAACGUUUGUGCAAUUUACAGCCCUGCCUUGCAGAAACUUCAACUUCUCAUGAAGUCAACAACAAAUGUUCCAAAUUAGAUUUAAGAACAAUUGAAGUGCCUGCAGAAGGGUGGACAGCUGAAGUUCAUGAGUGUGUUAUACUUUGCCGAUCAUUGAAGACAGGAAUGAAACGAGAGUUAGAGAAAGUAAAGGAUGGAGUUUUUUGCGAGAAAGAAGGAUAUAAUAAUUCUGUUUGUUUGAGCGGCAAAUGCCAGACUGUCGGUUGUGAUGGAAUAAUAGGGUCGAAGGCUCGGAAUGAUCCCUGUGGUAUAUGUGGAGGAAACGGUAGUACUUGUAGCCGAGCCGUGUUUAGAUGGAAGGAUACAAAUCAGUUCUCUCCUUGUGAUUCGACUUGUGGACCAAAUGCAUAUCGUGUUUCUGUUUCGGUGUGUGAAAAUAAUCGGACAGGUCGAGUUGUUCCUGAAAGGCUUUGUGCUGAUCAACGCCGUCCCCGACCAACUGUCGAGAAAUGUCCGCAUAUCGUUUGUCCAACACAGUAA